AUGGCGUCAGCGAUGGGAUGUGAACCCGCGCGUGAGAUCACCACAGGUUUCAAAUCUGACGCCAUAUGCGAAGGUGUACCGAUUCAGUCGUGGACAAGCGCGUCAACGACAGAACCUUCAUCUAUAUCUAGGAGCAAGCUACCGCCCACGGCUUCACUCCUUGAAACUUGGCGUCAGCUGGCAUUACACGAGGACACCAUGUCCAGCGGCAAUGUGGAACUCCUGGGCGACAAUGUGGAAAUCCUGGAAUACGAACCCGAGGGCGAGGCUCCCACCGCAGAGCAGUUUCCAGCGGCGGAUGCAGAAGACGAGAGCCCCCCAAUGCCCAUGGUGUUCACCGUCGAUAAUUUGCUGGACAACAUCGCCACAGCAACGUUCCUGUCCCGCCCGCUGGAGAUGCCUGCAGAAGGUGUCACCUUCCACGAAGAGGACAAAUUGGCAACUCUUUUUGCAUGGGCUGGCAUCAAACAACUUGUCCGUGCACACUUCCCCCCACCGCACACCGUUGCUUUCGGGCACAUCUACCACACCCCGUACCUCGCGAAACUUCCGCCUUCUUCGCGGCAGUCCGUGUUCCAGCUUUUGUUCGCUCUCCGUCGUGCCACCUUUCAUGAAGGUCCUCAAGGAACGUCGGUGGUGACCCAAGAUAGAGGAUUCCAGCUGCCUCUUGCUCGUGCUGCUUCGACCAACGACUCAAGCACGAUCUACAAGCCCCCCGACAGGCCUCUUCACGCCCUGCGCAUGGUUCUGGAGAGGACAAGGACUUCAGUAGGCCGGCGGCUCCGGUGUCCAAGAGCUGGAAGAACCGUUGGGGCGACCGGGAUUCGACGGCCAAGAGCGGGACGGACGACCACCACCGCUCCACCCAUUCUUCGCGAAGGCGCGGCGUCGGAGAUAACAGGCGACGGCGAGCCGUGGGGAACCAGCCUACCGGGGCUUCGCCGGCGAGCCGCCAUCGCCGGAGCAGGAGUCGGAGCGCAGAACUUCAACAGCGCACCAAUCCUUCGUCUAGGCGUGGGCGCAGCCGGAGCGGAGGCCGGCGUGGGAGAAACACGCCUCCGUCUAGGCGUAGCCGCAACCGGAGCCAGAACCAGAGCGGGGGCAAUAGCAGGGCGACCAGCACUGACAGCAGUCGCGGCGGAAAAGGGGGACGGAGGUCAGGCCACGGUAGCAGGCAAGUGAUGUAUGAUCGA